AUGGGGACGAAACUGAAAGAGUGGAGGAGGUCCAGAAAGUUGGUUCUCUGCAUAACAGCCAUGGCUCUCCUGAUUGACAACACACUCGUUACUGUUGUCGUUCCCAUUCUUCCAAACUUUCUUCUCGAAAUUGAGCGAAGUGAGUUGCAAGGGGAAAACACGACAACACCAUCUAUGCCACCGUUACUGAAUUCGUCGUCAUCAUCUACGUCAUCGUCGUUGUGGCCAUCUUCGUCAUCAUCAUUAAAUACCACACCCCCAUUAUCAACACCAACGUCAUCACCACCAUCGUCGUCGUCGUCAUCAUCUUCAAGCUAUAAUGACGAAAGCGUCGCGAUUGGUUUGCUGUUCGCUUCGAAAUCGUUAGUCCAGUUCAUCUCGAAUCCGAUUGUCGGUCCGAUUACGAAUAGAAUCGGUUACAGCCUACCGCUCAUCACCGGUUUUGUGAUCAUGUUCAUCUCCACAAUGACAUUUGCCCUAGGAAGAACUUACUGGGUCUUGUUGGUUGCCAGGUCUGUGCAAGGUUUCGGAUCGUCUUGUUCAUCUGUCUCAAGCAUGGGCAUGCUGGCGAGUCUGUACACCGGUGAGGAAGAGAGGGGGCAUGCCAUGGGGAUUGCCCUAGGGGGAAUAGCAUUCGGAGUAUCAAUUGGGCCGACCUACGGUGGUCUGAUGUACGAAUUUUUUGGCAAAGAAGCUCCGUUUUUUGUGUUGGCUGGGGUGGCUCUGGUGGUUGGAGUUUUUGCAUUGUUCAUAAUCCAACCGGCUUUGAAGCAAGAAAACCAGAAGGGAAGUCCACUGAUAGAGUUGUUGACCGAUCCGUAUAUACUUAUCGCUGCUGUUUCGAUUUGUCUCGGCAGUGUAGGGAUAGCAAGCCUGGAACCAACGCUCCCACUGCACAUGUUGCAGACAAUCCAGUCAUCAAAGUGGGAACAAGGGAUUGUCUUCCUACCGUGCAGUAUCACAUACCUCAUUGGGACCAAUGUUUUUGGAUCAGUGGCUUAUAAAUUUGGGAGAUGGUUAAGCGCCCUGCUUGGCUUUUUACUGAUUGGCGUUUCUCUGAUUUUUUUACCUCUAGCCAAUCACCUAGCGUACUUUAUGAUUCCCCUUACAACACUUGGCUUUGGAAUAGGAAUGGUAGAUUCAGCAAUGAUGCCAAUGAUGGCACACCUAGUUGAUCUACGUCACUUGCCCAUAUAUGGAAGUGUCUAUGCCAUUUCCGAUGCCACCUUUCGUCUCGGCUUCAUCAUUGGGCCGGCAGUAAGCGGACCCAUCAUCAAGGGCAUUGAGUUCAAAGGACUGAUGUGGAUGCUGGCAACCAUCAACAUCCUCUACUCACCCAUGCACCUUUUUCUGAGAAAUCCACCAGCCAAAGAAGAGAUACAAGUCAGUGAAUGA